AUGGGGCUCAGGGAACUGGAAAGAACACCUUCCCAGGCUGAUUACGAGCUGCGACACUCAAGUAGGAGCCGGAUUGAUACUACAACCAUGUGCUAUAAAUGUACAAGUUAUCAACUUGGGUAUUGCUACGGAGUCAUGGAUUUCUGCAUCCUGAAUUAUAGACAAUCCUGUGCUACAGAAAACAUUUAUUUACUCACAGAGAAAGGGCAAAGCAUGUAUUAUUACUCCAAACUGUCCUGUAGGUCCAACUGCGAGAACAUCAUCUUCCUGGAUUUUAACAAAAAGACGGAGGUCCUCUGUUGUAAACAUAGUAACUAUUGCAACCUUCCCGAGGGCCUCUAG